GCAUUACCAAAAUGACUGAGCACCUGAACGACAACAACCCCAAUGUUGAUACAUUGGAAGUAACUGAGUUCGAAGGUAACGCCCACUGAAAUGCUCUUAAACUUUGUUUCUGAACAAAAAUUUAUUUAAUUUUAACUAAUAAAGAUUUAAAGAAAACUCUUAUUUAAGGUUACUAAGAUUAUUCACAACUUGCGUGGGGUUGUUACUUAGUGAGUUGUAGUUUUUAUUGUACUGUUACUUAUUUCUAUGACUACAAACUACAAUUACAAUGAGUACAAUGCUAUCAUUGAUACUAUCACUAUCAUAUUUAAUAUAGUAAUCAUAGCCACACAUUUUUCUCUGAUUCCAGGCCUUCCUUUCCAACCGAACUUUUUUCUGUCUACUCACCCCUUCGACAGCUUUGCUCCUCUACCGUACAGACACGCAUAUUCUUGCUGUUCCCAAUUAGAACUGCACUAAAACAUUUGGUGAACGAUCUUUCUAUUUCUGCGCACACAAACAAUGGAAUUCUCUCCCACUACACAUCCGUAAUAUACUGACCGUCCAGGCCUUCAGAACUGCAUUCAAAACAUAUCUCCUCAAACUGUACUAUCCUGACUGAUUCCCACCGCCCUCUGACUGAUAAACUAUGCUGCUGGGUUCCGUCGAUGGCUUGACAUUUAAAUAGUUCUGGGGUGGGCGGGUGAAUAUUUUUUUUUAUAUUAUAUAGCUGUUUUUUAAUUAAAUAAAUGUAUGUAACUUUUCUAAUGUCAUGUUUAUUUUUACCAAUAUUUUUUUGUGAAUCCCAGUGAGCCCAGCUCUAGGCUGGGGUACAGCGCUAUAUAAGUCCACUGUAAUGAUAAAUAAAUAAUACAUUUUAUAUUUAUUUUUAUGUAGUGUAGUAAUGUAGUUGAAGCAACUUUUAUACUUUUAUGAUCAUAACAGUAACCUAUGUUGUAAAUCAUAAUAAUAAAAUUUACUAGGCCUAGACCAAACCAUUAGUCAGUUGAACUUAGUAAUAAUAGUACAUUAAUUGACUCAAGAGUCAGUAACUCUGAGUUACACUUAGUCGAUAGUUGAGUAAUUACUAACAAACUAUAACUAAUACUGCUAGCAUUUACUAUUCAUAAUCAUAUUCAAUUCAUUCGUUUAGGCAAGGUGAAUUUGGUAAUAUUGGUUUUGCCAAGAGUUGGGGAAUCCCAACACUGGACAGAGGGCAUGGCAUAGACCAAUGGUUGGACCUAACGAUGUGUAUAAAUAGUAUGAUAAUUUUCUAGUAAUUCACUGAGCAUUAUUUGCAUCAUUAACUAAAUUUGAUGAUCAAGAAAAUUAAAUUAAUAUUUAAAAUUUUUGAAUGAAAUGAUCCAUUCACUUUUAUUUGAAUUCAACUUACAAGUUUCAAAAUAAAUUGAAAAAAGAAACUCAUCCUUGAUGUUACCUCAAGAUGAACAUCAGAGAUGCACACUUUGCUAAAAGUUUGUUUGUUUGAUGGGUUGAUAAAGAAGUACCUGUAUGAUAGUAGAAUGUUAUUCAUUUCUAUCAUUACCCCUUUCAAAGGGCAUUCUAAAAUAUUUUUCUGGGGUUCUUCCCCCACUUUCAAGAAAAGAAAAAAAAAUGGAAAACAAUGUAUCAAAUAAAUAUAGGGCUAAAAUUUGAAAUACGGAAGUAUGGUUGGUAGUUGAGCUGGUGAGCCUCCAUGACAUAUAAACUGUGGAAGACAUCUCCAACUUUGCUGUUAAGUACAUCUUAGCCAAUUCUGCUCAUGACAUACUGAUGCUAGUAGUUCCAAUCAAUGGAAGGGUGGGUAACAAGGAUUGGCGCUAUAGAUAUAACCGGUGACCUCAAUAUCAAAACAAAAAAGAGGAGGGGAGGUAAGGUUGAAAGCCUUGGCUUGGGAUGAAUAAAAACUAGGUCAACAUACAGGCUAUAGGACACUGCAUAAAAAAAGGCAGAGGUUUUUGCCCCUGUUAAUAUUUUUUGCCAGUUAAGCAGAAACAGUAACUUGACAAGUACAAACAUAUGUCACAAUAGACGCUGUCUGCUUUUAUUUUAUUUUCCACAAGUAUUGUCAAUCACUUGAUUUUUCUCUUUAUUAUUUUUACUUCCCAUUAAAACAAUUAGCCUCCACAUUUAUACAAAAUUUUAAGAAAAGCUACUCUACCUGACAUAUUGGUAUAUUUAAAUACUUCAUUUUUUUAAAACGAAUAGUGAUAUUAUUAUAAAAAAUUUCCACAUUACAGAUCGUGUCCAGCUGAAAGUAUAGAAAUUUUAUUAAUCUACUCGCCGGGUCUCAGAAAACUAUGUGCUUAGCCAUCUUUUUACUUUUCAGUAAAGAACGAUAACUUUGGGGGACUAGGAAGUAAUAACCCCAGUUGCAGUGUCCUAUAAUGGUGUAUUACUUACUAGAAAAUCAUCUAUUUUGCCAAUUUAUUUGUAAUCAUACCUUAUUUGGCCUCCUUGUGCCUAUUAAUUGGCUAAUAACCCUAUUACUAUUAUUUUAGAAUAUAUUUUGCUAGAUAUUAGAUAUUAGGCAUAAUGUGCUAUCUAAUUUAAUCAACAAAUGUACCGUAAUAAAAUCGGUGCCCCAAUCCCUAAGGCUCUUCAUGAACUCACCAACAAUCCCAUUUGGCGCAUCCUCCCAACAGAAAAGGGAAGGAAGGCAGCUUUGGGGCACUCCAUUGCUGGUGAGGACCCACAGGAGAUAGCUUUCUCAUAAAGGGGUGGACACCACUAUGAGAUGGCCCCUAAUUUUCCUUUCCUAUGACCCCCACUGUUUCACUAUCCCGGAGGCAAAUAGUAGCCCUGUAGUUGCUGGUUAGCUAGUAGCGGAACAAAAUGGCUGCCAAGGAGAACCGCUCUUGAAGCAUUUCUUUUUCAUCAUCGAUGACAACUUUUUUUGUCAGCUACAAUCCAUCAGCAAUAGCUGUAAUCAUGACCAUAACACCCAAGGACCUAACACUGAGAUCCGAAAACUUUCAAGCACUAAAAAAAAGUCAGUGUCUGAUUUAUUCUAAUGGUUUAUUCCGCUGGCAGCAGGCAGACUCAAAUAACCCUCUUUCUCUCUGAUGUUUUUUUUUUGUUCUGUGAUAUUGUUUUCACACAAUGACUUACCUUUAGCGUUAAAAAAUAAAAAUAAACAUUUUUUCUGAGCUGUUGAGAUUUGAGUACUGUUAAUAGUUUUUGUCUUGAUAUGACCACAAUGACAAAUCCACCUCGUAUGAUGUUUGUGUAUGAUGUCUGUUAAAGCUAUUAAACCAAGUAGUGUAACAAGUUAUAUGCUUUUUAAUGGAUAAAGUCAUUAGUCUCAAUUUUUUUAAGACUAAAUUCUAAAUAACUUAUGUAUAUCUAAGUAAUUAUUAGAGUAAUUAAGAUUACAUAGUUACUCAUUAAUUGAAAUCAAUGAUUUAUUAUAUUUUUUUAUUAGCUGCAGAUCAAACACUGCUGACAGAUCUAGUGGGAGAUGAUGAUUUCUUUUUCUGUAGAAAGUGUAAUAAAAUCUUCAAAAAUCUGCCACAAUAUUUGGAGCAUAAAAUCAAAGAUGAAAACUACCGUAUUGCCCAAAUGCGCUCCAAGGCUGAUAGGCGAAUGCUCAUACCACAACUGGUACAGAAACGCAAAAGGCAAUCAAAGAUUUCAACAAAAUCUGAGGAGGGAAAAAUUGUUGAUUCCAUUGAAAAUUCUCAAAGUAAAAAAUUAUCACAAGUUCAGAUAGCUAUUAAUAGUUGUGAGAAGUCUCCACAAGAGCCAAAACUAGAAAAUAUUGAAAUCAAACAAGAGGCUAAAGAGGAAAAGGUUCCCAAAAAAAGAGGUGAGGCUGUUACUACUACUUAAAUUACCUUCAAGAUGAAUAAGUUGCUGACUUACAUCUUGUUUAAACUAUACUUACACUCAAAGUAUUACAUUUCAUAAAGUUUAUUCAUUAAGUCUUCAUUGCUUGCAAUGCUUAGAUUUAAAAAGGUACAAUUUUUAAAACAUUUAAAAUAAAAUGUACAGGUUUUCUUUAUCCUGCCUAACCAUAUGAUAGAAUAAAUGUUUGAACCCUUGUUAUUUUAUUAUGUCUAAUGGAAUCCCUACACACAUGUCUCUUGCAUACCUCAAUUAAUUGAGAAAUUAUGGCAAUUAUAGUUCCUAGAUGGUAUCUAAAUGAAAAAGUAAAAUAAACUUUACGCCAGUAAUUUUUGACAGAAUUCAUUGAACCAGAAUAGUACAGACACAGCUCCUGUAAUUACAGCUAUAUUCAUUUAUGAUAUAUCAAAAAGGGAUUCCAUUCUUGUAAGAUAUUUAGAAUGAUAGACCUUGAUGUGUAUCAGUGGGGCAAAUUUUGUACAUAGACAAAUUUUAACUUAACAAUUUUGGCUGCUUUUUUUUCUUAUGCACCUGAAAAUGUGUUUCUUAAAUUGUUUUGAAUAGAAAUUAAUAUUUUUAACUCGAAUACAACUUUUAGGACUACACCUCUUUUAUUUUGUGGGUUUUCUUUAAAAAAAUAGUUUAAAAUGUAAAAAGGUUGAUAAAACUCCAUCAUUGCAGUGUAUUUGCAUAUUUCAAAUAUAAGUUGCUUGAUAUUGUUCCAAUCUUUUUUAAUGUUACUUAAAAUACAAAUCUAAUUUUUAAUAAGUAAUUUAAUGGUAAGAUGUUAUAUAAGGCAACAUAUAUGAAUACUAAUAUUUAUUUUACCUCCUAAAUGUUUUGACUAAUUAACAGGGAGGAAAAAAAAGUCUGCUACAUCUGGAAUCCAAAUACUGUCAGUUGCCCAAUCAAUACCUCAAGAAAAUACAUAUAUCUGCAACAAAUGUGACAGAAAGUUUAGGCGGUAAGUGUCUGUCCUAUUUAUAAUUUAUGCUCAUUAUUUUUAAGCAUCAAGUGCUAAAUUAAAUUUUUCAAUCUGUAAUUUAAAAUUUCUAAAAAUUAACUUAUCCUUAUCUAGAUUGAUUUAACUGCUCCAUUUGCUUUCCAUUUAUUCUUCUAAAACACACCACUUAGCUGAACUUUUCAUUGGCAUUUGUUGCAAGAUCAAUCACACAAAUAUUUGAAAAGUCAGCCAAAGUUGUUAAAUUGAUAAAUCUCAUCAAGAAGUAAACCGACCAAUGAAGACAAUAUCAAAAGCAACAAUUGGCCACAACACAAAUGACUGUCAUGACUUGCUUUAUUUUGGAAUCCAAUUGUCCUUACAGGGAGGCGACCUUGCGCUGGCAUAUGACUUAUGAUCAUAAGGAUACAAACAACAGUGAAGAUUCUGAUAGUUCUGAAGAGGAUAUAGUGAAAGAAGAACUUGAUGAUAAUGAUGAGGAGUUUAAGGUGGAAAACUUACAGCAGGGAAAAGAUGAGGAACAAACAGGAGUUCCUGAACUGAAAACCCAGCAAGAAAUUUGUAUUGUUAUAGAACAACCACAAACAGAACACAACCAUCUGGUAAAAAAUAGAUUACAGAAGCAAGAGAAAAUAGAAGAAGUUGAGAAGGACACUGAUAUUCCCUUAGAUAUUGUUAAAAAAGAAAUGCCAGACAGACCCUACUCCUGUGAAAUAUGCGGCAGAUGCUUUAAAGAAGUAAGGAUAGGUCAUGGGGUUUUAUGUUCGCUGGCUAAAAUAUGAAGAGUGGGAUUGGGCACAGGGACAAAAAGAAUUUAAAACCUAUUCAAGGUUUUAGUGAAAACUGGAAACGGUCUUUUUAAUUUUCCAGUUGUUUCCAAUAUUUUCUUGUAAUAAGCCAAAAAAUUAACGUAAAUAGUUGGAGGGUCUUGAACUUACUUGAAGAGUCAAAUUAUAUGUUUUCUAAGAACAACUUGAAAAUAUUCCUUUAAAUAUUACAGCUGACAGUCCUCAAAGCUCAUAGCGUUGUUCACUCUGACGAGAGAAAAUUUGUAUGUGAAACUGAGAACUGUCCUUAUGGAUUCAAAACCAAAGGAGGUCUUGUUCGCCAUAUGAGAAGACAUACAGGUUAAAAAAAAUGUAGUAUUUAUUUUUAAAAUUUAUUUUAAACUUUAUAACAGAUAUUUAUUAAUUUUAUGUUUUAUCUAUUUUUAAGAAAAUUUCUUUUUAAAAAUAAUUAAUUUGUUGUUGGUUUUUUUUUUAGGAGAGAGACCAUUUGCCUGUGAAAAAUGUGGUAGGGCAUUUUCAGAAUCGGGGGCACUGUCUCGACAUAUGAAAGCACGGUAAGUAAAAUCAAAAGCCAAUGUCACAUUUACUUCUUGCUCAACAAUUUUUAAGAUUUAGCUUCAUUAAAAUAGUGCAGUAAUAACGGUUCUGAUAAUAACCAUUGGUCCCUGGUAAUUCAGUUAUUUCUGUAUAACAAUUAACAUAAUACUGAAAUACAAUUUAAAAAAAAAAAAUAUACACUCAUAUCUUCCUGUCCAGCCGUAACUGUUCACAGACACCAGAUUCAGGCUAUCCUAGAUAUAAGAAAAACUGGACCUACCACCCCAACAUUCCUGCUGUCAUUGACCCCAACCAGCGUGAUGCUCAGAGAGGUCGCAGCACCCUCCCUAUCAUAGUUACUAACAAUGAGACCAGCGCAUCUGAUGAAGGUGGUGAAAUUCACUACAUAAUAACAGAAUCAUCAGAGCCUGAUGUUAUUGAUGCUGAGGUGGUCCCCCAGCGUGUCCAAGGGAUUGCACCACAGGUUGUCACUGGAGAUAUCUUGAUACCUGAAAGGGAGUUAGGAACUGAGACAAAAUUGGAUCAUAAAGAAAAAGGACUUGAGGUAUGUAUGAGAAAGCAAUACAUUUGUUUGGAUUUACAUUUGAUUAACUUGGCGCUCCUAUGUCUUCACUAAUCUUGAAAAAUUACCUUUUCAAUGUUUGUUUUUUUCAAAUGACAACAGAUUUGGGUCACAGGUCCUGCAGAGGAAGAAUUUGCCAGUGUGGAGACAGCUACAGAUACGGAAAGUGCUGCAAUAGUUGUUGAAGCAAGUAUAGCCAGUUAUCAGGAGUUGCCAGGUGAACCUGUGGCACAUGAGAAUGUCAUUAUUGUAUCAGAUCUGCAGAAGGAUUUAACAACUAGACCAGACUCUCAGCAGAAUAUGACAGGCAGAUCAAAUCAGCCUGAUGAACUAUCCACUAGGUUAAGAUCAGAAGAUAAUGCUGAAGUGGAAAAUCCAGAAGAAAUGGAUACUGACGUGAUUUUGAUGAAAAGCAGUGCAGAAGUGGAGCUUCUUAAAUCUACACAGUGUCAUGUGAGAUUUCAUGUUUUGUUUUCUUAUCUCGUCAGCAAAUUUAGGUUGAGAAGGUCUGGGUAAAAUAUUUAUUACAUUUUUUUGAAAAAAGAAAAUGUAUUAGUUAAAUGUGUGCCUGGCAUUAUAUGUAUUUAGCACUGCUAAUUGUUUUGUUUGUUCUCAGGUUUGCAAAAAAGAUUUUGUGGCUGUUGAAGGUUUGGAAAUUCACUUGCGGAGCCACUUGGCGGAUCAGCCAUCACGAUGUGGAUUAUGUCACUUUUUGUCAAAUGGUCGUGAAGAAUUGCGGCAACAUAUUUUAUACAUGCAUCAGGAUUCUUUAAAUGUAAGUUAUUGUUAAACUUUUUGAUUUUACCAUAAAAUAAAUUUAAAUAUGAACAAACUUUAAAAAAUCAAGUAUAUUACUUUUUAUAAAUGUUUUUUUCCAAUAAUCUGUCUAAUUUUUAGAGGGUGCACAUGUGCAUUUUCUCCAUAUUUAUAUGUGCUCUCCCUGUAUUUAUAAAAUAAUGUCAUGGAGAUUUGUGUAUCUAAAGUUUUAAAGUUUAAAGAUUAAUAUUGGAAGCAGGGUGAAUGAGAAACUAGAUAUUUCCUCAUUUUAAAGACAAAAAAUAUUUGAACUGUGUCAAUGUAAAUUUAUAGGGGAGAGAACCAUUUUUUUUUUACAGGAUAUUGAGGCUAGUGUCUUGUCUAUGGAGGAAGACAUGAAUUUAAAAAAGGGGGAAACUAUGCAAGAUAGGAAAACAGUGUUGCGGUAAGUCUGAUAAUUUAAUAAAGAUUUAGAUCAGGUGCACUCAAAUUUUAAAAAAUUAUAGAUUUCAAAAUUUUUUACUUCUUAAGGGUUUGGCACAUACUUUGAAGGUUUUGGAAAUUAUUUUAAUAUUGUGAUGAUUAUUCACUUUCAUCAGCAGACAGUGAUGAAUUUUAAAAGAAUAAAAAUUCUUUAAAAAAUUUUUUUUUUACAUUUCUUUGACAUUUGAAACAUUUUCUAAAUAGAUUGUCUUAUCAUAAUAAUAGAUUGUCUUAUCAUAAUAAUAGAUUGACUUAUCAUAAUAAUAGAUUGUCUUAUCAUAAUAAUAGAUUGACUUAUCAUAAUAAUAGAUUGUCUUAUCAUAAACAGAAAUGCCUUGACUGCUGUGAAACAGCUCUAUAGUAUAAAGAAAAACAAAGCUUCUGUUGAAACAGAAAAACCUGGGCCAUCUGCCACAGGAACUCUUCAGUGCAUGGUUUGUAACCGAUACUUCCGGGGUAGUAGCUAUUUGCGCCAGCAUAUGAGGACACACACAGGUAAGAUUGAAAAUCUCAGAUGAAACUUUAGUUUUUUGUAAUGUAAUCUGAAUUCACCUGAGUUGAAGAGAAUCCGUGUUUUUUUUCCCUCUAAAUUAGCUCUUCAUUUUCUUGUAUUAUUAACUAACUAUACCAAAAUUAUAAUGCUUCAUUUUAAUAAUUUAUACCUUUUUGAGUACUUAAAAGCAGUGGUCCCCAAACGGUGGUCCGUGGACCGGCACCGGUCCGUAAGCCUUACGUUACUGGUCCAGAGAGCAUGAAUAUUGAUGUUUAAAUAGAAAAAGUGCGGUAAAUUAUACAUAGGAGAGACAGGUCGUCGCCUUGGGGACUGGUUCAGAGAACACCUAUAUAACAUAAAUAAACAAGCUCUCUGUCCGGUCAUCCAAACAUUUCAAUAGCCCUAACCAUGAUGGUAUCUCAGACAUAGCAGUUACUUGUAUACUUUAUACUAGUAAUACUACAGAUAGAAUCUAUAUGGAGAACAAAUUAAUAACAAGAUUUGGUACAUUGUCUCUAUAUGGAAUGAACCAAAUCCACAAUUUCACCUAGCUGCCAUGUCUUUUUCCUGUUUGGUUUUUACAAUUAUGUUCAAAUCACUUCCUUUCUACACCUCUUUACUUUGUUUUUUUCUGGUUUUAGCGCCCUCUCCUAUUUUUUUCUUUUUUAGGUAGGAUAUGUAUAUUUAUAUUAUGUAAAUUUAAUUUAUACUUAUUUAAAUGUUUUUUUGUUUGUACUGAUGAAGGCAUGUGCCGAAACGUUUACUUGUGUAUAAUUUAUAAUUAUUAUUAAAGCGUAACUUAUAUUGUUAUAUUGACACAAUUUUUUCGUGUCUUAUUAAUCUAUUUUAAAGCUUUAUUGCAGUCCAACACUUUUUAAAUAGAAAGAAAUGUACUUAAUAAAUCUGGCACCGGUCCCUGGUGCAGUUUCGAAACUUGUCCACCGGUCUGUGAAACUUUAAAGUUUGGGAAAUGCUGCUUUAAAGCAUUAGCUUUUAUUUAUGGCUCUGCAGCAUUGUUUUGGUUAAAAUUGUUAAUGCCUUUUACAUAAUUAUAUAACUUAAAAGUUCAUAAUGUGACACAAUCAAAUUUGAAUGUUUAUAAAUAGUGUAUUGCUAUAUUGCUACAGGUGAACACAAUCAAAUUUGAAUGUUUAUAAAUAGUGUAUUGCUAUAUUGCUACAGGUGAACGUCCCCACCAGUGUCAACACUGUCAUCGCAGCUUUACAUCUCGUGAUAUAUUAAAAAAACACAUGUAUGUUCACAAAGAUCGCAGAGACUUUAAAUGUGGGGAAUGUGGAAAACUGUUCAAGAGUCUUUCCCAUGUCCAGCAGCAUCUAAGAAUUCACUCACAGGACCGACCAUUCCGUUGUUCCAUCUGUGAUAAACUGUUUAAAACUCAGGUGUGUUGAUGUUGCAACCUUUAACGCUGAAUAGCUGUUAACUGUGCCUAAGACUAACUUUUAACUCUACCCCUCUGUUUUUACGCCACCGUUCUGAGUAGAUGAAAAUUGAAAAUGUUGUAGCACAUUGAUUUUUAUUUGCAGUAAAUAAAAUAAAGAACGUCAUCACAAAAUUGCAAGGCCAAACAAAAAAUGUUCUAAUUUAAAUAUACCAUCGGGAAAUUUCUAAGUUUCCUUUUUUAACUAUGGACAAAAAAAAAAACAAUAGCUGUUUUAAAUGAAGUUAUUCUCUUUUAUUGGUGGGAAAACAAGAACACUUAAAAUUUGAGGUAACCUCUAUCAUAUUUUAGUGUUGUAUUUCAGAAAAUUUCAGUGAAGUCUUUUUAUUGGUGGGGGAAAAAAUAAAAACUUAGAUAUUGCUGGCAUCCGUCCGUCACAAUGUGACGAUGGUAUGGAAAUCCGCAAGGCCUGGGAUUAUUCUUCAAGGAUUAUAAGCUGGUUCUCAAUAGCAAAUCGCCUCUCCAUGCUGCUGGAUAACCCAAGGGAACAUCAUUGGGAUGAUACAGCUUGGCACCAGGGGCGUCGUACGAGUUGUCGGAAUGUUUAAUUGAACCAAUGUUAUCAACAGACUCCUUAGAUAUUAAGGUAGUGUAAAAAUUCAUUUAGUAUUUCAUCAAUGUGAACUCAUCAAAUUUCAGAGCUCCCUUAAAGUACAUCUCAGAACACACACUGGAGUAAAUCCAUACAAAUGUCAUGUUUGUAACCACCAUUUUCGAGAACGUGGGUCACUGCAGCGACAUAUGAGACUGCACACGGGAGAAAAACCGUACAAGUGUAACUUGUGCAACAGGGCAUUUGCAGAGCAGGGAACGUUGUCAAGGCAUCUCAGAGCUAAGAGUGAGUAUUGAUAACGAGUGAUGACUUCAAGGUGCAGGUUGGACAAUGUAGUGGUUGUGGAGGGGGGUGGGGGGCAGCUACAUCACAGGUGGCACUUGCUUCUUCAUGUGAAGUGGCAGAAUUUUUGGCCACCUGCAAAGAGUUUUUUAAGAAAGGGGUGCAAAAAGCUUGGUCCGUCCCGGGUGGCAUCAACCCUAACUACUACAUUGGACAGGUUCAUUAUAAAAGUAUCUUAAAUCUCCAUUCCUUCUAUUUAUUUGUUAACCAUUUAAUUAUAACAGUGGUUUUAAAUAAUUUAGUGAGCAAUGCCUCACACAAACAUCAGCACUUAAUUACAGAGUUGUCUAGAACAUACCCUACCAUUAAUUAAUGCAAUGAAAUUUUAUUGUCACUGUGUAACUUAAAAGUGUUGUUGGUCCCUCAGAACAGUUUUUUUUUUAUUUCUGUCCUAAUUUUAACAGUGCCCUGCGCUACAACCCGGGAAGCUACCAGUCUAGACUCCAGCAACACUACCCCCAAUACAACAAUGCUGGCCCAGUUUUCUACCAUGGUGGCAGACACUCAGCACUACAUUCUGCCAGAGGCAGAGCCAAGUCAACAAUUCAUCUUAUCUUCUAAUAGGGACCAGGAGGUAAGAAUGCUUUCUUGAUACAGCUUCAGUUAGCAUGUCAAACAUUGAUUUUGGUAACAUUUAAAAAAAUAAUAGUAUUUCAAUUGUUAUUUAAACAGAAAAUAUGCUUAAUUUUAAUGUAUGUACCUUUUAAAUGGCAUGCAAUAUUUAUGUCUCUUAUUUAUUUUGUUUACAAAGCCAGUGUGACUCACAUUAUAAUUCACUGACUAGAGCCUAAGAUUUAAAUUUUUUUUAAAUUUUGAAAAACAUUGCAUUUCUAUGCUCCUUUUAGAGCAGCGGUUGCCAACCAGUGGUAUGCAGAGCAAUGGUGGUCCAUGAGAAAGUUUUGUUGGUCCGCAGAAAAAUUCUUAUAUUCUGAAUCCCAUUUUUUAAAGUUUCUAAUUCUGAGUUAAUCUCUAAUUUUGGCACAGUAAAUUCAAUGCAAAAAAUAUAUAUUUUUUGUGUGUUCAAAAUCAACUUAUUUAAUUUUCAUGCAUCUUUUGUCGUUCACUGCAUCAUUAAAGUUAUUAACCGGCUGAUAAGUAACCAAUGUUCAACAGAACUUGGAAAUGGCAAUAUGUGGAUAAUAGACCAAUUGGCAGAAAACAUUGAGGAUAGCAAUUUAAGCAUCAUUGAAUAACUUUUAUAAUUUUUUUAAUGAAAUGGGUGUACUUCAUAUUAAUAAUAUGGAAGUUCUCUGAUCAUUAUUUUUAUAAGACUUUUUUUUUUUUUUUAAAUCAUAUAAGGGGUCCACAGGAUUUAAAAUUAUGAAUUUACUGUUCUGGGAGUACCGAAAGGUUGGUGACCGGUGUUUUAAAGCAUAAUCACUAUAUCUAUAUGGAGCAUUUAAUUCUGAGUGAGGGAAAAUAAGAUACUUUAUGCUAAUGGCCAAUUAACUAAUAAUUGAAUUUUAAAAAAUGGACUUUGUGUAACUUUUAAGUUUAAGGCAUAAAAUAUAAUAAACCUCCAAAUUGGUUUGCAUUGCUAUGUAACAUGUUUUGUCACUGUCCAAAUUUGUUUGCAUUGUUAUGGAACAUGUUUUGUCACUGUCCAAAUUUGUUUGCAUUGUGAUGUAACAUGUUUUGUCACUGUCCAAAUUUGUUUGCAUUGUUAUGUAACAUGUUUUGUCACGUCCAAAUUUGUUUGCAUUGUGAUGUAACAUGUUUUGUCACUGUCCAAAUUUGUUUGCAUUGUUAUGUAACAUGUUUUGUCACGUCCAAAUUUGUUUGCAUUGUUAUGUAACAUGUUUUUGUCACUGUCCAAAUUGGUUUGCAUUGUUAUGUAACAUGUUUUGUAACUGCCCUACAGAUGUCAGGGGAUUAUGUUAUUCUUCAAACUGUGGAAGAAAUGGAGGAUGCUGGGGACAGCUUUGAAGUGAUCACAGAAGAGAGGGCUGCAACGGUGGAUGGAAAUUUUGUUGAUCAGGUCAGUUGGUGAAUAGACAUAAAUUGAAGUAAAGCAAUCAUAAGAUUCAUCUAGAUUUUGUAUCUGUGAUGAUUGGCCAUUGAUAUUCUGUUGAUUUAUUUUAAUGCUUAGGACUAGACCUCUGACAAUGAAUUUGCAUUUGACAUGUACAGUCUGGGUAAUUUUUCCUUUAAAAAUCAGCAACUACAAUAUAUAACUUAAUUUCUAAUUGUGAUUUUUAGGAACUGAAUAUUUGUUUAGGUACCAUCCUCAGAAUCCCAAUGCUCUCUCUCUCUCUUUUUUAUUUUUUUUAUUUUUUUUUGUAAUUAAAAUUAACGCAUGUUAAAAUCAAUUUUAAAAUAAUAAACCUUGAAACUGAACCUAAAGAAAUGAACAGCUGAACUGAGUGAAAUUGUUCAACAACACCAAAGUUUAACAUAUGGAAGAGUAGAAUCAUAUAAAAUAAUGAAACUAUAAAUAUAAAAUAAACACUCAACAUUUGCAAAGAAACAAGAUCUUGAUUAUUGGUAAUUUUUUUUAAAAACAUUGUAUUUUUGGCUCUCUUCUUUCCAGUCUCAGGAUACAGAAAGACUUGAAAUUUUUGACUCUAGUACAGGAGAAUCUCUAAUCAUAGUGGCAGAUAAAUCUAUUGUUGACUUAGUGCGUGACCAACAGGGUUCUUUGGAAUCAGGAGAUGGAGGGUGCAGCAUGGAGAGGAUAAAAGAUAUAUUGUUAGCAGCGGGGAAAGGGGGCAUCACUGCCACUUUUCAACAAGAGGAAUUAACUGGCACUGGUACCACACCAGAGGAAAUUUCUCCUGAGCAAGAGGAGAGAAUCUCACCAGAAAAUAUGGAGAUACCAUUAACACAAUAUGCCCCUGAUGAGGGGAAAUCACCAGAUGUUAAACACCAGGAACAGAAUAUAAAUAUAAUUUCCCCAAGAACUACUGUACUUAAUGUCAAUGAGAAUAAUUAAUAUUGCUGUUUAAAAUUAUUGUACAGUAUGUAUUAAAUUUGUGAACUAGUCUUGAUAUAAUUUAAUUUGUAUUGAUCUAAUUUUCACAUAUUUGUUCCCCAUUUAAAAAUAAAUAUAUCACAGAUACACCUGUUUUUUUUCCUUUACUUGAAGUCAUCUACUUAGAGAUAAAGUUUU